UUUUUGCGGGCGAAACCUCGUAAUGCUCUUAUUUUGAAGCUCAAAUCUUUAAUAUUUCCGGCAAUGCUUUACUGCGAGCUUGUUACAAACUCCUGACUCUUGAGCUGUAAAGGAGGGGACAAAUCCUUCAAACGGAGCUGGUUUGGGGUUGUUACAUUCCGCUAGCGGACACUCGCCUCGCUGGUUCAGAUGAGCGAACUCUGUGUAUCGAGCCAUUGUUGGAAACCGUCCCCCCGUCUGCACUGACACGAAGCGAAGGAGUUUUUCUUUUUGGGGAACCUACAUCCCAGUGAGGAGGGAGCGUUGUGAAGCACGUUCUCAACGGCACGCAGCAGAGGGAAGAUGUUGCUGAAGGAGUACAGGAUAUGCAUGCCUCUCACUGUGGAGGAGUAUCGUAUUGGGCAGCUUUACAUGAUCAGCAAACACAGCCAUGAGCAAAGCGACCGAGGGGAAGGUGUGGAAGUUGUCCAGAACGAACCUUUUGAGGACCCCAUGCACGGCCAGGGGCAGUUCACAGAAAAACGGGUCUACCUCAACAGUAAACUUCCCAGCUGGGCUCGAGCAGUGGUUCCAAAAAUCUUUUACGUGACUGAGAAGGCGUGGAACUAUUACCCUUACACCAUCACAGAAUAUACAUGCUCGUUCCUUCCCAAGUUCUCCAUUCACAUAGAGACGAAAUACGAGGACAACAAAGGCAUCAAUGAUAAUAUCUUUGACUCUGAGUUGAAGGACCAGGAGAGGGAAGUGUGUUUUGUCGACAUUGCUUACGACGACAUCCCUGACCGCUACUACAAGGAGUCAGAGGACUUGCGGUACUUCAAGUCAGAGAAGACGUCGCGGGGCAUGCUUCAGGAGGGAUGGAGGGACACGCAGCAUCCCAUUAUGUGCUCGUACAAACUGGUCACAGUCAAGUUUGAGGUGUGGGGUCUGCAGACACGUGUGGAACAGUUUCUGCAUAAGGUCAUUCGGGAUGUGUUGCUGCUUGGACACAGACAGGCCUUUGCUUGGGUGGAUGAAUGGAUUGACAUGACAAUGGAUGAGGUGAGAGAAUUUGAGCGGACAAUCCAGGAAGCCACCAACCAGAAGAUCGGGAUGUUCCCCCCAUCGAUCUCCAUUAGUGAGACCCCUCUGUCCUCCUGUUCCCUCACCGGUCCCGCCAGCGCCCCUUCCACUCCCCUGUGCACCGAUGCGCCCGAUUCCCUCUCGGUCUCCAAGGACCGGCCCCGCAAAAAGUCAGCUCCAGAAACCCUGACUCUUCCUGAGCCAUCUCCGAGCGGUGCGCAGCAGGGAUCCGCUACCGUCCCACUUACGUCUCUGAAUCACCUUCAAUCUUCUACGUCGCCUUCCUCCAGUUCCAAUCUGGCUGAGAUGGGAGAACAGUAGAUGGACUUCUCUGAAUGUCUUCCCCGCACUUAUGGUCUGUUGCUUUUCCAGUAUCUCAUUCAAUUUAGUCUAACCUCCAAAUAUUCAGACUCUUUCGGCAUUCCCAAUGAGAGCUUGUCAGGCUUUGAAUAUUAAAAUAUAAGCCCUUGUGAUUUUAGCGUAUGUUUGCAGGUCGAUUAAAGUUUUGUUUGUUGUUCCUUCAAACAUGAAGACAAGGAAACUGUCCCCAUUCACACAGCACUAUUCUUGGCAUGCCAACACCGUACCAUGCACGACUAGUCUUAAAGCGCAUCUCACACCUCACUGGAGCUGUUAUUAAGCUCAUGAUUUGAGCGAUACGUGCACAUGCAUAAUUAUUCCUAUGAUCUGCUCUUGUUGUUAAGAAUGUAACAAAUUAGCUUAGCAAUUUUUCAGCGUUGAUGAUGUCAUGUGAACAAUGAUCCGACAGUUUGAGACAUAAUUUUUACUCUUUGUAACGUUCUCAAAAGAAUUAGUGAAAACAACAUAAAUGGCUUUUUUUCAGGUUUUAGUCGAAAAUGGCCCAUCUAUAAGAAACUCCUUGGGCUCAAAUCCUGAUUUGUCUGACCUUUACUUCCACUUCAGAGGAUUCAUCAUUAUUUUGUUGAAAGGAGCCCCUUUGCAUUUGCCAUUUCCUUUGUUUUCCUUACUUGGUAUUAGAAGAAAUAGAUGCCUUAUACUAGUGCCGCAGAGUCACUGGUUUCCUUUUGCAUUUAGUCAUAACACAAAGUGCAGUAGCAUCAGAAAGGCUGCACAGUUAUGUUUUUAGGGCCCUACGCUAUCAUCAUUUCGUUUAAUUUAAUACGCAGAGAAAGGAUGACAAGAUCAGUGUUCAUACCUCAGGUCUCCACUCUUCUACAUAGAUGUCACGUAACCUUCCUCUCCUUGCUUGUUGCCAAACAGCCACGUUUUAUAUUCCAACACAGCCUAUACCUUCGAAUACUGAACCCUCAGAAUGUUUACAAUCCUUAAAUUUGCCUAUGCGUCGUAAAGCCAUUAAGUACAGGCGUGACAGGAGACCGUACCUGAACUCUUGGUCAGUAUGUAUGCUUGGACGGCUCAUAUGGCACGCAUUGCUCCACAAAACUCUCGCUCUCAUUAGACCACAGGCUACUUCCUGGUUCAAGGACAAUUCCGUUUCGUUAAUUCCUUUGUAGUGAGGAAUGACAAUAAUCAAUCAGUACCUUUAUACAGUCUCAACAAGAUUUAAUGGGUCACUUGACCCGUCGCUCUAUAAAUUCUUUGGGAAUCGUUUUUGUAUUUUAUUUUAUUUUUUGCGGGGAUUGGGGGGGGGUUAAUCCUCGCUAACUGUACAAGUCAAAAUGAUUGUUGUGAAAGAGGUCAUUAAAACAACGAUCGUUUGAGGCGGCUUUUGUACAGUACUUUAAAUGUGAAGCAACUUCACCAAAUCACUUUGUCGAAAUAAAAACAAGAACACCUUUUCUCAAUGAAAUAAACUAAAAAAUAUGUAGAUGCCUACUUUUCAAUGAAUAGGGACAGUAUGAACAUCAAACAGUAUUAUUUACAGGGAGUUAUUGAAUAGUUAAGACAAAGUGCUUCUGUAUGCUGCAUGGAAUUUUGCUAACUUAUGUACCGGUAUAUCACAAGAAGGGUGUCUGUAUAUGUAGUGAUCAGAUUGCACGCCUCAAUGCAUUUGAUGAUGCAAUUCUAUCAUUUUAUAUUAAAUACAUUUUCAGUGAGAUUGCAAGCAUGUAAGAGAAUAUAAAAUGACAAAAUACAACUCCGGUGCCUCUGCAUGCCACAGCUGCAUUGUCAAACAGUACAUGUAAUCCAACAUAUAUCGGCACAUUCCCAUGACCUUUAUUGGCCUGUUUUCUACCACAGUUUUUGAGAAUGGCGAAGAGAAUUUAGCAGGUAAUCAUACAAAGAAAACUUAAUCACAAUACCCAUUAACUGGACAAUUUUGUGUGAAUGCAGUUGCCUCACCGAACAUGGUGCACAUGCUAGGACACAGGAUUUAGCCAUCAAAGUCUGUUUUGCUGUUAUUUGUGCAGUACUCUUAGUAUGAAAUCCCACUCGAGUCCUGUGAUCUCAUCCGCACGUAGGCUACAGCGUCACAUGGUGCGGUAAGCUGAGCUCGGCAUCACGAGACAUGCACUUAAUGCCCCAAAUGAUUCGGACCUUAGAAACGUUUGACGUGAAUUUGCAUGUGUUGAAGAUCUGCUGGCCGAAAAUGGCACAAGAAAGUAGCAAAUGACAAAGUGCGCUUGUCUCAGUGGUUUAUUCCUUUUAAAAGUAAUUCACAUCUCUCACAAUUUUUCUGUCACCAUAAUAGAGAGCAUUCUAAUCAACUGUACAUUUAGAACAUUCCAUAUGCCUGGAUUAAAUCAGGUUCUUAAUGCAAUGGCCUACCGGCUUUUUCCACUUUUUAUGUCGACUAAAAGAUCACAAACAUUUAAGUUAGCUCAGUUUCUCCAUGGCGUAAAUAAUUUAAGGUUUGUUUGUAUGUGUCAGGGCUAACCUGUUAUUCAAUUUCCCUUUUUAUGCCUCUCUCCAUUGAGUUAUUGGUUUUGCGAUUGACAUCCCAUGCGCGUUUGGCACCCUCUAUUUUUGUUGGAGAAUGGAACAAGGUGUUCUAUUGAGAUCUUGUUAUAGUGGCAACAUGAGAGCCUUCUUGCUGUCUUACUUGGCAUAAAAUCUCUUUAAUAUUCUGUACAGUUUCUGACUUGCUUUUGUUGAACAAAAACAAACAAAAUGGAAUUUGUUUAUCAUUAACUGCAGCUUUUGUCUCAAAUCAUCUUAUAUGACUUUUGUAAAGAGUACACAGACCUCCUUCUCUCGUCAGGGAUACACUUGAUCUUAUCAUGAGCUGUUACAGUUAAAAAAAAAUCUACCGAUGUAAAAAGGUCUGCUCUGUUUAAAAGAGUAACGUGAAAUCUGUUGUUAUUAAUUAGUAGAGGAACUUCCUUACAUUGAAUGUGUUCAGAAGGGUCUUUUUGUCACGUGAUGCGGUCGGCAGCUUCGUGAACAUGUCUGUAUCGAAGAAGGAAUCAGUGUUUUAGGAUGAAUGCCUUGUCUUAAGUUUCCAUUGAGUGACGCUCCCGGUGGUCGUGGUGCACGUCCUAUGAUAGUAGCUGCUUUUUUUUUUGUAAAAGGGUUUCUUUUUGGUGAGGUGAUUUACUUUUUUACUUAUCAAGUUGUGCUCUGUAGUGAACCUUUUUUUGUGGCUGAACUUGAAGGAUUAAGUGAUUUUAAAGGACCCAGCUUUUUUUUUCUGCUUCAAUUUUGUGUUCAUGCUUACCCUGACAAUUGGGACCUCUCCCACAAACUAGAAGCUGUAAAUGAAUGAAGUACUGCAUAUUCUCGUUCACUUCUGAUUUUUGCAGUAUGCUCUCAAAAUUGUUGAUUGGAUAGUUGCUGAGUUCUUCCACUUUGAUAAUUGUAUCUGAUAUAUUUCACCGGAUUCUUUAGUAGUUAUUGUUUUACUAUUCUGAGCAAGAUAAAUAAUAACAAUAAAAAAGCUAUUUGAUGCACAA